AUGAAAAUACCCGUGUUUGUGUACUUUUUUGGGUUCAUCUCCUUUGGACUGUCCGAACAGAUAGAACGCAAAUUAUUGUGUGAAAGUUGUCUGGCUGCUGCAAAGGAGAUUGAGACCGCUCUGAAGGAUGCCCCAAUCUCAGGCAGAAUGGUUGUCAUAAAAAAGUUAAUCAGAGGUUAUGUGUGUAAUAAACUCGCUGAGGAUAAAAGACCUUCCUGUAUGCAGUUGUUGGGCAUGUUUCGGGAUGAGUUCUCUCAAGCUCUCGCUGGCAAAGUCAGCGAUCCCAAGCAGCUGGGUGUUGUUCUUUGUUAUGAGCAAUCCAAAGCAUGUGUAGGAGUAAAACUUCACUCCUUUAAGGAACAUCCAAACCUAAACCUUGAAAGGGACAUCGAUGAUCUCCUUCGUGAUAAUAAAGAAAAGGUGCGGUUUGUAAAGCCCAUCCACUCAACAGGAAUGCGAAAGGAGGAGUUGUGA